AUGGGUUUCCGAAAUUUUUACACCUUGAAGGGAGUUGUUUCUCACUAUCUUAAGAAUGAAGGUCCUGUGGAGUGGGUUGGGAAUUUGUUUAUGUUUGAUUCCUGUCUUUCUCUUCCACCUGCAACCUACAAGCCUGAAGCUAUGACUGAAGCAAGGAAGACUGGACAAGUUUCUGAAAAUCCAUUUGCUACAUGCUAUAUAUGUGAUUCACAAAUUUCUGAGUUAAGAUGCUACUCCGACUGUGUGAAGACUUUACGGGGAUGCUGCUGUAUAAAUUGCACUACUGCCCCUCGACUUACACCUCUUCUUCCUGGACAUGAAGAUACCGAAAAUGGCAUAGUUAUCGAGAUUCAAAACUGCAAACAAGCUGACAACCUGGCCAUUCUUUAUGCGAUGGAAGAUCAUCUCCAACCCAUUGCACCAAAUUGA